CACGUGGCCCGCUGGCAGGUUUUGAUAAGCGUUUGCGAGACGGCCGAGCUGAGCGCAUCUCUGAAAGCGUACAGAGAAGAAGAUGAGGCACUGCCCUCCCUGAGGGAUGUUUAUACGUGAUGAAGGAAUAAUAAUUCAUUUGUCUGAUGAAAAUGGAUGGAAAUACAUAAAGACAUUCUUCCGUCCAGUGAUUAACGAUCAAAAUAACGGUGCGCGUGUCAAUGAGCGUGUCCUCAGAAUCGUCGUCCUACUGAAAACACACAUACAGUCCUCGUUCUAUGGGGAUGAUCGAAGAUGGAGGAAAAAAGCCUUCGUGUAGCAGACUACUUUGUGGUGGCAGGACUCACCGUCUCUUCAAAGCCCCUGGAGGAAGAUGUUCACCCUGAAGAUGGAGCUCACCGAAGCUCAGCUCAACUCAAGGCACCGAUCACUGAUGUGGCAGUGGUGAUUCGCUCUCUAGGGGAGGAAGUACCUAGAGGGUAUACCUGUGUUGAAUGCACCCCCUCCGGACUCCCUGCUGAACUGAAUGGAGGAAGCCUCAUGGGGCCGCAGAUCUUCCUGUGCUAUAGGAGAGGCAGAGAUAAACCACCGCUCACCGAUCUGGGCAUCCUCUAUGAGUGGAAGGAGAAACUGAAGCCAGACUGUCAGAUUAUUCAGACUACACCCUCCGGACGCCCUGCUAACAUCAGUGGCUCCUCCUCUCAGAGGAUCUACAUCACAUAUCGACGCGCCGCGGAGAAUCACUCUCACGCCACGCUGGCUGUCACAGACAUCUGUGUCAUUAUUCCCGGCAAGGGAGAGACUCCACCACAUGCCUUUUGCAAGGUGGACAAAAACCUUAACAGCAGUAUGUGGGGGUCUUCUGUGUACUUGUGCUACAAAAAAUCUCUGGCCAAAACCAACACACUUGCAUUCAAAGCAGGUCUUUUGUCCAGAUACCCAGAGGAGGACUACGAUUCCUUUCCUUUGCCUGAAUCCGUGCCCUUGUUUUGCCUGCCGAUGGGAGCGUCCAUCGAGUGCUGGUCCUCUCACACCAAAUAUUCUCUUCCGGUCUUUUCAACAUUCGUUCUCACAGGCGCCUCUGGAGAAAAGGUUUAUGGUGCUGCCAUACAGUUUUAUGAGCCCUACCCAGAAGAGCAUUUGACUGAAAAGCAGAGAUCUCAGCUGGGACUUCAGGCUAACGGAAUCAGGCCUGACGGAUCCAUGACUGUCCACACCAACAAAAGCAUCUGCCUUCUCUCUCACUGGCCCUUUUUCGAUGCUUUUCGUAACUUUUUGACCUUCCUCUAUAGAUACUCCAUCUCAGGUCCACACACUCUACCCAUUGAAAAGCAUAUUUCUCAUUUCAUGCACAAGGUUCCCUUUCCCUCCUCUCAAAGGCCACGUAUCCUGGUGCAGCUGUCUCCACAUGAUAGCCUGAUGCUGAGCCAGCCCGUUUCCUCUCCUCUCCCUCUGAGUGGAGGAAGACUCUCUACAUUGCUAUUGAAUCUUGGCCCUAAGAAUGCAGCAACUCUAUUGGUUUUAGCUGUGACCGAACACAAGAUCCUGGUGCACUCCUUACGUCCAGCUGUUCUAACCAGUGUCACCGAGGCCCUGGUAUCGAUGAUUUUCCCCUUCCACUGGCCGUGCCCAUACAUUCCUCUCUGCCCGCUGGCCCUGGCAGAUGUGCUCAGUGCUCCAUGCCCUUUCAUUGUUGGUGUGGACUCGCGGUACUUUGACCUCUAUGAGCCACCGACGGACAUAAGCUGUGUGGACCUGGACACAAACACUAUAACUCACAAAGAAGAGCGCAGAUCCCUGACCUGGAAGAUCCUGCCAAGAAAAGCCUGUAAACAUCUGAUCAACACCCUCAGCAAUCUCCACCAGCAACUGGAUGAGGGUUAUCAGAUGAGUCGUGAGGAAGGACAGAUGGAGGCCUUUAUGAGCGAACGGGAACCUGGCAGUGGUGGGAAAAGUCUGGAAACGUUGGAGCUGGAGAUUCAGGAGGCUUUUCUGCGCUUUAUGGCGGCCAUCUUGAAAGGCUACCGCUCAUACCUGUUGCCCAUCACACAGGCUCCUUCUGAGAAAGCCACAGACGCCAGCUCACUCUUUGAUCUGCAAGGCUUUUUGAAGAGUCGUGAUCGAUCCCAUCAGAAGUUUUACUCCCUCAUGACUAAGACUCAGAUGUUCAUUCGUUUCAUUGAAGAGUGCUCUUUUGUCAGCGAUAAGGAUGCAAGCCUUGCUUUCUUUGAUGACUGCGUUGACAAGUUGUUUGGCACAGAGAAAGGAGGGAAGGUGGACAGCGAUAAGCCAGAGGACACUAGGCUUAUUGAACUUGACAAAUCCCACCGGAGCGAACACACGGUCUUCAUCAGCCCUCCAGAGCUGCCAGCACUUCCAGAAGGAGAGGAGCCACCUAUGGUUUACAGUUACAGCGGCUUCCCGGCACUGAACGCUCAACUCUGUGAGCAUCAGGAUGGUCUCAGAGUCCCCAAAGCAACAUCAGCCCUGAGACACAUCAGUCCCAUCAGCCCUGCUGCUAUAUUCCGUCGCUCCCAACAGGAGAUCAAAUCAGCCCAGCGGAUGGCCAAAACCUACUCCUCCAUCCCUCAGAUGUGGUCUAAAUGUCUCCUCAGGCACUGUCACGGUCUGUGGUUCAUCUGUUUGCCUGCGUACGUCAGCGCGUGUCACUCUAAAGUGCGCGCUCUGCAUACUGCUUACGAUGUGCUAAGAAACAUGCAGGACAAAAAGCUGCAGCCUCCAGAUGAGGUGUGUUAUCGAGUGCUGAUGCAGCUGUGUGGGCAAUACGGUCAACCUGUUCUAGCGGUUCGAGUCCUGUUUGAGAUGAAGAAAGCCGGAGUUCAGCCUAACGCCAUUACAUAUGGAUACUACAACAGAGCCGUCCUGGAGAGCACAUGGCCUUCUUCCACCAGAGGGGGAUACUUCCUGUGGGGAAAGCUGAGAAAUGUGGUCCGGGGUGUGGUGCUGUUCAAACAAGUAUGGAGGAGGCAGACCACCCACCCGAAAGACACUCAUCUUUCUGAUGCCAGUGAUCUCGACAGUGUCAGUCAUGGCAGCCUGGACAGCUCUAACGAUUCAGCGGAGCGAGUUUCCAUUGAUACAGACUUCACCAAAAUGGAUUCCAGUGAUGACAGAUCCAGCACAGGGGGUCAGUCUGAUCAGGGCUACGACUCUCUGUCUAAAGAGGAGGUGAGGUUUGGUGGAGGUGAAGAGCAGAACUCCUCUCCAGACAUCAAGGAGAAGAAGGACAGAGACUCUUGUCCAUCAUCUCAGUCGGAACUCUCAAAGAAAGAGGAUUCAUCCCUUGCAGCUGGAAUCCAUCCUCCGGAAAUCAACAAGGAAUCCAGUCAAGCCUUUUCCAACACCAUUCCGAAGACAAAAAGACCUAACUCCCUGGAUAUUUUUGGAGAGAAACCUGUAAGACCCAAUACACUGGAUCUAACCCCAGAUAAGCCAGUAGACUCUGUACCUGUAGCACAGACACAAACAGAAGCAUUGGAGGGCGUUGUGAGCCCACCUAAAGUUUCCGUAGAGAGGAAAGCCAGCUGCACGGUUACCAUGGAAAAGACAGUUGCCAUGGAGAGCGGGCACACUGGCGUGGAGAGGAGCAUGAGCUGCAAUAGUGCUCUCAGUCGAGUGGUGAAGAGGACGGGCAUUGAAGCAGGGUUUGAUCCUCUGUCCCUCAUGGCAGCUGAGACUCACGGCCAUGAGGACGAGGAUAAUGCGGGCACCCCAAGCGCCCGUCGGGACCUGGCUGAGGAGAUUCAUCAUUACAUGAACAACCUGAGCAGCCCGUUAAGCCAGCGUUCUCUCAGUGUGGACCUGAAGGGCCACCAGACCCCGUCCCCUCACAGCUCGCCCUGUAUGUCCAAAAUAGCGCUGGGCUCCCCCAGUGCCUCUCAGCUCCAGCCUCAGCCACGAACACGACUGUUCUCCUCGCCCUCGCUUCCUCAGGGCCGCGUGCGCAGGGUCAGAGAGCAGCGGCCCACUUCUCUGGCCUCACCUUCAUCACCCACCCCCUCCUCUUCAUCUUUCUCUAUGGACUCUCUGCUCACUCCGACCCUGGAUGUGUUCAAGAGCAGCUUCCUGUCUGCUGGGAAGGGCGUCGCUGAGAAAGCCAGUAGAUUGUAUUCCAGACUUUCCUCGCAGACGUCCAUUGCACAAGAUUUAAACUCUGACCGGGUCAGUGUGUCCUCGCUUGGGUCUGGUGACCCUGACUGCUCCUCUUUGAUUGAGAGUGAUCUGUGUGUCGAUCCUGAAGGGCUCUCCUCCCCACAAAGGGAUGCAGCUCAACCCGUCAUACGGCCCAGAAAGAGCCCUCACAGGAGUAAUAACUGCCUAGAAAGCCCAUCCGCGGCACCUCGACUCUUCCGACAGGCCUCCCUCACUGGUCCAUCGCUGACAGUAAUGAAAGCUCUGCAGACUCCAGACACAUGCUCUGAUUCCAGUUUCAGUCAGUUCACACAGAGUUAUGCUGUCGAAGUUCGUAUGUCGAGUUGUUCUCGCUGCAACACCUGUGAGAGUUUGGUGUAUGAUGAAGAGAUCAUGGCUGGCUGGACAGCCGACGACUCAAACCUCAACAGCACAUGUCCUUUCUGCGGCUCUCCGUUUCUGCCUCUGCUCAAUGUGGACAUCACAAACAUGGGUGAACAAGAAAGAUCACCUUGUCAAGAUACAAGUUCUGGCCAGACAGAACGAGAAGAUGAGCCACCAAAAGUGUAUGAUGCCUCUAGCACUCUGUCCAACAAGGACAAAAAAGACCCUGAGACAGUGACCGUGCCAUACCUGAGUCCUCUGGUUCUCUGGAAAGAGCUGGAGAGUCUGCUGGAAAAUGAAGGGGAUCAGGCCAUCUCCUCUGCAGCCAUUGUGGAUCAUCACCCCAUCGUCUUCUGGAACCUAGUGUGGUUUUUCCGUCGCCUGGAUCUUCCCAGCAGCCUCCCGGGUCUCUAUCUGACCUCCAAAAACUACUGCAGAGAUACUCCACAGUCUCAGCAAAGUUGUGCUUCAGAAGACAGUAAGAACGUGUUGGUCCAGAUCCUGUGGGACAAUUGCAGACUGCACCAGGAUCACAUUCAGCCUUGCUACCUGCUCUGGAAAUCAUAUUGUUUAAGCACUGCAGUGUCUUCUAGUCUUAAUGAGGAUGAGCAGGCUGUAAGUCUGGAGCUGCUACAGACGCUGGUGAAGAACAUCCAAAAGAACGAUGUCUAUCAGCCCAUGAGUCUCAUACUGCAGCUGCUGGGCUCCAGGCUGGGCUUCAGCAGGCAGCGGAGUUUGUAUAGAGACAUCCUGUUUCUAUCUUUAGUGGCUUUGGGAAAGAGUAGCAUAAAUAUCGAUGCAUUCGACCGUGAAUACAAAACAGCGUACGACCGUUUGACACCCAGUCAGGUCAAGAUGACGCACAAUUGUGACCGUCCACCCAGUGCUGGAGUCAUGGAGUGCAGACGAACCUUCGGCCUUCCCAGUCUGUGAUUCAAUCCUCACAUCCAUCGCAUCGAAAACCAUCCAAAGACGAAACACUUUCAUCUGAACCAAAGCUACCUCCGGCUCUCCUGAGGUCUCUUUUGAAACAUCUCCUUUCUGUCAAUCUGACUGUUCUCCAUCUAAUGGACACUUUAUAUAAUCAACCAUCACAUUUCCCCCCCUCCUUUAACUCUUCCGUCUGCUAACGUCUCAAAGUUGACGUCGAAUCGAAAUCGCCCUGCGCCGCUCAGGUAAACUUGAGUUCAGAGAAUCAUUUGCUGCUUUGACACAAUCCACAUUGUAAAAACGCUACAGAAAUGUGUAGAUUAGGAGCAAUAUCAAUGUGCUCGGGUCAAUUCCACCCACUUCGAGCGAAUGGCGGGGUGAAAUUGGGACCAGUAGCUGUAGAACAAUCAAAGUCCAUCACGCUUAGGAAGCACAAUGAGCGCAAACACACACAAAAAAAACGUCUUGUAUAUUUCACACGCAGGAGACUUUGUGUACAAACGUCUUAUCAUUUUAAAUAUUUGUAUUAUACAGUUAUAUUUUAAAACUGGAAUUUGCUAUAAUCGACGUGUGUCCAUUUGUAAAGACUAUAUAUAUGCUGUCGGUAACGUGUCGGUUUUGUUUUUUUGUCGUCCUGGUCCUGGAGACCAGCCGUGUGGUGACCGUCGGUGACACUGUCGUCUUGAGGUACUGAACUGGACCAAAUAUAAACUCGGACUCUCGGUUUACAUGUUGAGGAGUGUGUUUGAUGGUGAUUUGAACUGAGAAAUGCCUUACCUUGGGGCGAAAAGCUGUAUGGAUUAUGGAGUUUCAUUUCCAACAGGGUAUAACGAGUAGUAUAGAGACGUUUAAAGAAUCAGUGGACUGUUAUUAUGAAUAUAAAGUCAGCAUUUACACCCACCUACAUAAUCCAGUGUGUUUGCCAUGAAGGUACUUGAUUUUAGUUCAUUCUUCUUUGUAUUAUGCAAAGUAUUGUGUAAGAGACAUAAAAAAUGAAGUACCUGAAGCAUACAAACACUUAAAUUAAUUGUGUGACAUGUAAUAACUAAUGGAAACGUGUUUCUGGCAUGGAUUUAAAAAGGUAAUUGCGACAUUAUUAUGUCUUUUCAACACAAGUUCCUUUUUUUCAAUUUUAUAUGAACACACAGUUGCUGUAAAUAAAUGUACUUCAUUAAAAAUGAAGACUUUACAUAUCACAAUUCAGACUCUUCUCACUAGAAAUAAAUUAAUUCUCUAAAUUGUAAAUUUUUGUGUGUGUGUAAUAUACAACACAGGCUCAUUCUGAAAACGUAACCCUAUAUACAUUUCUGGAGAGCAGGAACUAUGUAGCCUGAGGAAUGUAGAUUUCAUCUUUAAAACGAAUGCUGUGGGGCGGUAUGGCACCGUUCCUUUUUGCGCUUACCAGCUGACCGCUUACCUCCAUAUAGACGGAUUUCCCACUGUUACCAGUUUGUUCAGUUAGCUCACCAAGUCGAUGGGGUUCGAGUCUGCCGAAGAACGGUUUCAGAAAGUGGAUAAGACAAAAACAGAAGCCAAAAAAUAAAAUAAACAAGUUAAUAACAGGGUGAGAAUGUGGUAAAAAAUCAGGCGAGGGCUUUUCUUUUUCUGGAUUGCUUUUUAACACUGUCGGUUGGGUUUAGGGAAGUAGGUGGGCGGGUCAACCACUGCUUUUGAAAACACUAUCGGUUGAGUUUAGGAAACGGGGUAGGUGGGGGGCUUUGGUCGGUCGACAGCGGCCUCUGGUGGAUUUAUGUAAGUACAGCAGGCACGAAUGGCACUUGCGAGAGAAUUUUGAAAUCUCUAAAAGCAUACACAGCGACCUCUGGUGGAUUCACGAAAACAAAAAUGCAAAAAAAAAAAAAAAAAAAAAAAAAACAUAGCUCCUGGGACGUAUUUUGCUCUCUCCAGAAAUGUAUACAGCGAUACGUUUUCAGAAUGAGCCUGAGUUCAUUUAGAAAGGUAAUUGUGACAUUAUUAUGUCAGUUGGGAGUUCUCAAGAUUCUGUUUUUUUACUCGCAAUCUAAACUCACAAUUGUUUAUUUCUUUAAUGGAAGUUCAAACACAAAUGUUGCAAGUUCAUAUUUUGCAGUUCUAUAUGUACCGAGAAGUUGCUAUAAAAUUAACCUAAAAUAAAAUUACAUUAAAAAUCAAGACUUUACAUAACCACAAUUCAGACCUUUUCUCACUGAAUUAUAGCUUUUCUUUGUGUGUAAUUUAGCCUUAACAGUACACUUUAGUUUAGGUCACACUUCAUGAUAUUAAUAAACGAUUAACUAACACUACUUGCUUAAUAAACUAAUUAGCAGUUUAUUUAUAGUUGUCGAGGUUGGGUUUAGGGUUUAGGUUUUGGGAUGCAGAAUGUGAUCAUACUUUAUAACUACAAAUAAACAGUUAAUAUCUUAAUAAUAGUCAGGUAUAGCAUAAAUUGUGACUUAAAACUAAGUGUUACCGAUUUGCCAAAGCUAACUUAAGGUAAUUUGUAACUUUUUAAUUUAGUGGCUAAUUUGUAUGAGUUUGUAUGAUCUCAUACGUACAAUUUAGUACGAUUUGCUCAUCCCCCAAUGACGGUUGGGUUUAGUGGCUGGGUUGGGUGCCACGCCUCCUUUUUUUAAAUCAUUCAUUUUUGUACCACUGAACUCAUACAAAUUAGUACUAAUUAGACACCAUACUGACAAAACGUUAUUAAAGUUACGUUUCCUCAUGAGAUCAGGCUGAAACAUCUGUACAUUCUCAGAACUGUGACUGAUAUCUUCCAAUUGCAAGUUCAUAUUUCACAAUUUUAAGAAAAAAUGACUAGAAAGUCUAUAAAGUGCAAUAAAAUAAACCCAGAUUCUUUCUUCUUGCGAUUAAGAGUUCAUAUCUUAAACUCACAAUUCUCACAAUUCUGAAAUUGCAAGGAAAGAAGUCAUUAUUAUUCAGUAUAAAAAUACAAGAGUUGCAUGUACCUAUUUAAUACCAUGGCAGAAGCAGGCAUUUGUAAUAACUGGAAUAUUUCAAUACUGUUCAUUUUUUGAAUCAUGAUGUUAACUAUGAAGUUGCACUUUGAGUCUGUGUGGUUGAUAAGAGGAUUUAAGCACUCCUGACAAGCGUGUGGAUUAUGAAAACGAUAAUACAUGUAAUUACACACGAUGAUGACAGUGAUAUUAAUGCCUCGAGUGGAGAAAAACAUAAUACUGCCCUAAAUGUUUUGGUACAAAAAUGAAAUCGACCUGAUGCUGUGUAAAACUACAAAAAUACACAAUGAAAUUAUACUGCUGUUAAUGUUUUAGCAGUUUUUCUAUCACCUGCUUUUUACGUCCGUAUGACAUGAUAGUGAAGCAAGCGAACACGGUUAAUGUGGUUCAUUUUUGUUUUGUUUUUUUUGAUAAAUGAUUUAAUGUUAGGGCAAUGUGCUUUACAUAUCACUCCUUUUGUUACUUCUAUUUAUACUUGUAUAUAUCAUUUUUGUCAGAUCUGAGCCAGAUCUGUGAAAUUGUUUAAAAAUGUAUAUAAAUAAAUACACAUAAGUCAACCACA